ACCACUAAUGAUAUAGUUAUGUUUAUUAUAUUGCAUUUCUGUCAAGAGAUCCUUUAAAAAGUUAAAACUCUCCAAUGUUAUUGCUGUAGCAUGCUGUUUAGUGAUUUGUUUAGAAUAGAUCAAACUCAUGAAAGUAUUUGUAUGGGCAUGUCAGGGCUGUAAUACACUGCUGAGGUUGUUACUUAGCUACUAUCUUGCAAUGCACUUCAACCAUUAACAAAGGCUUCUGAAGACAACAGGCAAAGAGGUGCAUACUGUGAAAUUAAUAGAGCAAAAAAGUAGCCUCAAUUACACAUGAAACCCAACCGAACACAUCCUCAGGUGAGGACAUUAAAAUUCAGCCAACCAAACAGGAAAAUUGGUAUCUGUGUAUACUUUGGGAUUUUUUAUGUUGUUUAUUUUUUCAGUUGAAAUUGUUUUUACUUCUGCAAUUUGAGACAGUCUGAGAAUGCAACAAAUGAGGAAACAGAAUCACAAGAGGAAGGUAAGAUGUACUCCUGUAGGACAAAACAGAUUAAAUAUAAUCAUAAACAAUAAAAUGUGUUAAAAAUACAGAAAUAUGUGAACAGCUCCUGUUUAAUUUUUGUUAUACUGCUCUUGCAAUAUUUGUAUGCAUUAGGGAUUACAGUGUUAUCAAUCUGUGAGUGAAAUGUUUGAGUUUUUUUCAUCAGAUUGUUGUGAUGAGUGUUGCCGAUCCUGCACUAGAAGAGCCGUAUGUGUCUCUGGGAUCAUUCUAUCUGGUCUGAUCUUCAGUGCAGUGACAAUGCUGCUAGUUUUGGCUUUUUCCCCUAAACAACCUCCAAUAACUCGUGAUUGUAGGACGCCAAAAAAUGGCUCAGGAUUUUUGUGUGAUGACCAAGUAACCCGCAUCCCACCCUCUGACCUCUGUAAUGGAGCUCCAAACUGCCCCAGCGGGGCAGAUGAGGACCAACAUAUGUGUAGCGAUCUGCCGAACAACCUUCCAGAUAACCUUGUUUUCCAUUGUGGCAAUCCACACUUCUGGAUCUUCACUGACCAAAAAUGUAACUUUAUUAACAAUUGUGGAGACUGCUCAGAUGAAAUUGGAAUGUGUACGUUUUUUUACGCACCUUACUCUCAUAAUUCACAAUUUUUUGUCCAUUAUUGUCUUGUUACUAUACUGUGCUUCUGGGUAGAUUCAAGCUGUCCAUCGUGUGGAGCAGAGUGGUGGGCCUGUACACCUGUGGACUAUCAAUACUGUGACUGCAUACCCCGCAGUCUGUGUCAGGACAGUAGACAGCACUGUUUUGACUGGUCUGAUGAAUACAUGUGCAUCAAAGGCUAAUAUGCAGAGGUUUCCUCAAAUUAAUAAUUGGGCAACAUGCGUACCUAUACAGGGAUUUUAACCAUCCUGUAUAUAAUGAAGUCAGAAUAUAUACAGUGGCAUGAAAAAGUAUGUGAACCUUUUGGAAUUUCAAGGUUUUCUGAAUAAAUCUGUCAUAAAAUGUGAUCUGAUCUUUAUCUAAGUCAAGGGUAUUGACAAACAUAAUGUGUCUGAAAAUAAUAACACAAAAAAGUGUUCUUUCAUGUCUUUAUUGAGAACAACCAAAAAAGCACCUCACAGUGCUAAUGACCUCAAUAAAAGCUAAUAAGAGUCAGGUUUUAGGCCACCUGGAGUCUGGUUAAGAUAAUACGUUUGGAGGUGUGGACUACAGCUACGUUGACUGAUAAAUACCCCUCAAACGUUUGGAGUUUACUCUAAACAUGUAGAACACAAUUAUGUGAGCCAUGCGUCGCCAAAAAGAGCUUAAAAAGUUACAAAUUAAUUCGAAAGACUUCACCAAUCUACAGUUUGGCAAACAAUCUACAAAUAGAGAUGCUUUGGGACUGUUGCUACUCUACCAAGAAUUUGGGCCCCAGGUUAAAAUGACACCAAGCGCACAAUGAAGACUCCUCAAUGAAGUAAAGGAACAACCCUGAAUGACAGCCAAAAAUUUGAAUGCAUCAUCUCUGUUCAUGAGUCUACAAUACAUAUAACACUGAACAAGCAGGGUAUCUACGGCAGGACACCACAAAGGAAGCAACUGCUUACUAAAAAGAAAAUUGCUGCACACCUGAAGUUUGCAAAAGAGCACAUUAGCACUCCACAGCAGUAUUGGCAAAAUGUUUUGUGGACUGAUAAAACAAAAAUUUAUCUAUUUGGAAAAAACACAGCGCUACAUCUGGCGUAGAAAGGGCACGGCGUAUCAUCAUGAAAACAUCACCCCAACUGUAAAGUAUGGUGGAGAAAACAUCAUGAUUUGGGCCUGCUUUGCUGCAUCAGGGCCUGGCCAGCUUGCAAUCACUGAAGGGAAGAUGAAUUCCCUUUAGUAGAAGGUGGGUGAUGCAACUGGACAACGACCCAAAACACAGCAGCAAGUCCACAACAGAAUGGCUUCAGAAAACAAAGUCCACCAUUUGUAGUGGCCAAGUCAGAGCCCAGACAUUUACAUUUAUUCAUUUAGCUGAAGCUUUUAUCCAAAGUGACUAACAAUUGCUAUUAUAUGUCUGAGGUCGCACGCCUCUGGAGCAACUAGGGGUUAAGUGUCUUGCUCAGGGACACAAUGGUGUGUCACAGUGGAUUCGAACCAGGGUCUCUCACAACAAAGGCGAGUGUCGUAUCCACUGCACCAUCAUCACCCAGACCCCAACUCAAUGCUAUGGAUUGACUUAUACAUAAGUCAAUCCAUAGCAUUGGGUAAUAUACAUGAGAUGUCCAAAGAAUAUGACAGAGCUAAAGUAUCUCUGCCAGGAAGAAUGGACUAAUAUUUCUUUUUCAACAAUGUGCAGGUCUGAUCCACAUCUACAGAAAGCACCUGGUUGAGGUUAUUGCUGCCAAGGGGGUCAACCAGUUAUUCAUUUUAAAGGGUUCACUUAUUUUUUCCACUGUCAUUUAGAAGGUACGUGACAAUAUCCGCUGUCGCAGCUGCCAAUUUGAAUCUGCUCGACGCAACUGCAGAUUUCCUCAGGCGACGUAGGGAAAACAUUUUUUAAAUUGUAAUAUACUUUUAGUUUAAUUGCUAAACUACAAGUAAACGAAAUUUCAAUGAAUUUGAACAACCAGGCGUGUUUUACCACCUGCAAAAAUGGAAAACAAGGAACAAAAUAAAGUGAUGACUUUCGAGUUUCAAAUGGCCAGUAUUUUGUUAUUCUUGAACCCAUAAACAUGGUAUUGGUGUCCAUUUUUAAAAAAAAUCCAGCUCUUUCGAUCUGAACAACUAGUUUUAGCAUUUAACAAUGUUGAAAAUUUUACUCACCUACAUAUUAAAUGUUGAAUGAGUGUGUUUAAUAAAGACAUGAAAGAUCAGAUUUUUUGUGUAUAAUUUUUUUCAGACACAUUA